AUCAAACCCCAUGUUCCAGUACUGCCUACAGAAAUUAUAUGAUUGCUGAAAAUAUGUUUAAGACAACUUAAAAACUAAUGACAAUAAAACCUAAACGCACAUGGUUUUCUAAUAUGUUGCUCACACCUCCAGGAACAGUGCGGAUCAGAGCCGCUUAGUUCUCAAAACUCACGUCACGCUUCAGGAUCCACGCUCCAAAACGUCACCACGCGCAGCGGCGUGAAACGAGCGUUACUAGGAGACCGCUGGAGAGAAUCGUAAAGCUUUAGCAGUCCACGAGUGACUUUAUCCUGAAGCAUCAUGGGAUCAAUCGGGAUUGCUGCAGUUGACCUGGAUGAUGAUGAUGGAGAGGAGGAGGAGAAGAAAAAACGCACGGAAGUUGAUCGUCUUCCUCCACUGCUCGAGGAUGAGGAGAACGUUUCUCUGGCUGAUAUUUUGUGUUUGAGAGACUGUGGUCUAUCAGAACAGGAAUUAUGGGCGGUGUGUGUGGAGUGUAUAUAUUCUCUGCAAAACAUCGCCCUCUUGCCACUCUAUCGCAGCCUUUGCGUAACACCCGACACGCUGGCAUUCAACGCUCAUGGCAAUGUUUGUUUCAUGGAACAGCUGAACGAUGAUCCUGAUGGGUGUUUUAUUCCUCCAGAGUUUGAGAGGACUGGAAACACAUUUGAAGGACACAUGUUCUCAUUAGGCUCCACCCUCUCUGCCGCUCUGGAUUACAUCACUGAUGUUGAACUGCAGGUUGAGUUAAGUCCAGAGGGCAGAUGUUUACUGAAGCAGAUGCAGAUGGAGAAACCCGAGGAUCGACCGCAACUGCAGGAUGUACUCUCACGGGCAGAGGUUGUGCUCGGUGACGUCUCACCAACAGACAUCUGCCGAAAACUCUCUGCCAUUGGUCGAAGAGUUCUGUCUAUAGAGUCACUAGCAGCGUUUCAAGAUGGAUGUGAGAAAUCCCGUCAUCACUUUCUGGAACCAAAAAGCUCAAGAUCAAAUUCUGUGGAGAAUCACGCCAUUGAUCGUGUCAUAAUCAGGAACCUUUCAUCUGAUUCAUAUGAUGGUGAAGAGUGGCUGGUAAAACGCAGUGGUCUGGUCUGUAAUGGUUCUUCGUGGUCUGGAUGUUCAACUGAACCUUCACCAGACAGCAGAUCUCAGAACAGUUCUCCAGUCCACAGGAAGAGUCAAGGGAGGAGUCCAGGAAGAGCGAGGAAAGCCCUCAAUCGUUCCUGCUCGGUCCCAGACUCCAACAACCCUCCGGCGUUCUGUCCCUCCUCAUACGCACCCAUCAGCAUGCUUGUGGCGGAUCUGGCGGAUCUGUCAGAGAUCACAGAAGAGGAGGACGUGGUGAACAGCUGGAAUGGCAAAACGCACCGGGUCACAAUAAAGCAAAUAUCUACGGAUUCAGAGUCAGACUCAGGGAAAGAGGAAUCAGGUGUCCCAUCUCUUGAUCCAGCUGAUCGCUCACCUGAACCUGAAGUGCACAAGAACGUUCAAAGUGACAAUUCAGACAAACAAACUGGAUCGCAGUUGGAAGAGGAGGAAAUCUGUGCAGAUGUUGAGCUGGGUGGUUCCAACCACAUGACCAGAAGUAUGUUGUGCCUCAACGUUGACUUUCAGAAUGAGUGGAUCUCAUUGCGAGGGAUGCUCUCACAGUCUUCUCAACCUUUCUCUGUCAAUGAACUCUGGGCUUUAUGCUACAUGUGUCUCAGUACUCUGCAGACUUACAUUGACUUACCAGAUUACCUUUGCCUGGACUCAGUGUAUGUGGGCUGUGAAGGAGACAUGCUGUUUCUGAGACCUAAACACACAGUCUCCUGUGAUUCAUUCUUUCUGGCUCCUGAAUAUCAAGAGCAUGGAAUAGCGACAGAAAAGGCCUGUGUGUAUGGGGUAGCAGCGAUCCUCUGGACUACAGCCAAAUUUAAUCUCUCUCAGAAUGAAAAGCUGGCCAUGCCCAGAAAACUCAAGAGACUUCUGCUGGAGAUGGCCAGAAAAACUCCAAUCGAACGACCGUCAAUUGAAACAGUCAAAAAGUGCUGCUGUGAUUACCUCUCUCGUCGGGGAACUAAUGCAGAUAUGGUGUGGGUGCAGCUCAUUUCCAGAUUUCAGCAGGCGUUCAAUGGGACUAGAGGUACAGAGGAAGCAUCUUCUCCUGAGUGUGCUGAAAACACAUCUGAUCCACACUUGGGAGAAGAUCCGACAGGUUUUGUCCCAUUGGCCAGCGAGGGCCGAUUGGUCCCUGUAAUCGGUCCUGUUCCUCAUAUCAACCCUUCAAUCUCCACCAACAUUACACUGCCUGAGGCUUUCACCUCUUCUGCUACACACUUCAGUCCCAUAGUUCUGACCCAAGAGCAAAAGACCCUGACUGAUCCUGAAUCAGAUCGGGUUGAAAGUUUUCAGGAAGUGAGCGAUUUCGAGGAUGAUGAAGCUGGUAAAGAUUUCUCAAAGACGGACUGGUAUUCCUCUUCAUCCAGCAGUAAGACUCUUCUGAAUUCUCCACCUCCAGCUGCUCCCCAAACGACCGAAGGACAGUCAGAUUUCCUCACCUUGCCUUGUGAUCAUGGGAUUUGCAAUAACUUCCUGUUACAUCAGGACCCUCGGACAGGACAUCUGACCCUACUUCCUGUUCAGAUCACUGUGCCUCAGCCAAUCACAGGCCUGGAUCCCUUAAGUGAACAACUGCUAAACAAGAAAUUCACUAAACUGUCUUUUAGACAAGCAGAUGACAAUAUUACGAAUAAAAGCGGUUCUGAUACAGACCAAGAUUCUUCUGUGUCUCCUGAAAGGAGUCAUCAAAGGAAAAAUAGUAAAGCUCAAUCUAUAAAGCAUGCUGCUCCAUCACAAAGCUCCUGUUUACAACAGCUCAUUGAUCUGCUUAGAGCUGAAUUUGUGUUUGAUGGAUACCUGGAGAAUGGAGUUGAAGAUGUGGCCAUGGCUGACUUCAUUUUCUCUUUAAAGAACCUUCAGUUUGAGAUCUUUUGUGAAGUAAUAACUGAGAAGUUCAGUGAUCUGUACUGGAGUCAGGAGUUUCUGUAUGUGUUAUACUGUCUGAUUCAUCAUCAGUCGUGUCUUCUUGGCUCUGCUCAACAGUGCUCUUUACAUGCUGUAAAAAGGGGAUCAGUAUCACUCCAGUGUGUCAGAUGCAGUUAUACCAGUCAAGAAAACGGUCUACUUUACCACAGUAACACCCUGUGCUCGACCCAGCCUUCAGCUCAUCCAGCACCACAGGAAAACCUACAGAAGAUCAAAACACCGAACACCUUAAAAAUCAGAGAAACAGUAGAUGAAUGUGAGCCAAAGGAAACUGUGUUUGGAAGCAGGAAUGCUUUCGGGAGGCAAGACAUACAGGAGAUGAUAUCAGAGACUCUUCAGUAUGAUAGUCAAGAUGUGAAUGAGCAGGGCUCCUCUAUCCUGAUGGCUCAGUUCAGCACAGAUCCAGAAGGGGGCGCAGGUGAGUUUGUUUCUGGAGCUGAAACCCUAUGGCACAGUGGCGAGCUGGAGGAAGGCAGAAGUCAUCAGUUCACACCUGAGUGCUCAGUAACAGACAUGGACGAUUCGGACUCUUUGAUGUCUGACCGGACCUUCUCCAUCAACAUGGAUCCUCGUGGUUCAGCCUGGGCCCUGGCGCUGUAUGGAGAGGACUGCUUUAACCAGGAUGUGAAAAAUUAUGCACAGAAACUCAGCAGUCACUGUAAAUCACCCACACUGGAGGAAAAAUCACAGGACCAACAUUUCAUAGCGCCACAAUCUGAGCAGGAGCUUCACCAGCAGCUGGUCAUAGAAAGCAGAAAUCUGAAAAAGACCAGAAAUUUCUACUACAAGCUAAUAAACCAAGAGAAAAGAAAUAAAGGUUCAGAGACGAAGGUAAUGAUGUCAAAAAUAAAGCUGCAGUUUGAUGAACUCCGAACUAAAGUUGAGUUUCUACAUUCAGUGAAGCAAUAUCUAAAGGUUUUGUCAGUGGAUCAGUGGGGUUUGUCUCUCUUGUCUUCUCUGGCUAUUUGUGAAGCGGCGCCUCUACACCUGCAGUCUACCACUGAGGAUCCUUCAGUUUUAACUUUGAUCUGUGAGGAGCGCAGAGGAAAAUGUUGUCCGCUCAUGAACGCUACAGCCAAAGGUCUGAUGGCUUACUUGUACGCCAGGAACGCUUAUGCUGACGGAUAUAUUCAACAGUUUUUCUACACAUAUCGCUACUUCUGCACAUCUGAAGAGCUCCUGGAGUUUCUUAUGAACAAAUUUAACAACACACUGGGAUCAAAUGAAGAUCUGUCAUCAGACUGUAAAAAAGUGCAUCAGCGUACUCUAGAUUUAUUACACUUCUGGAUUGGAGAUGCUCAGUUGAUGGACUUCACCUCCAGCUCGAAUCUUCUACACACUCUCAAUAGUUUUCUGACCUCUAAGGUAGCACCUGUUGACAGUCGAGGUGAAAGUUUGCUGUCUUUACUCCAGACAACGCCCAAGAAGAGGCGUGUCUAUGGGCUGUCAUGUGUAGGUGACGCCUCCAUCAGCAGUUUAGAAGAAUGGAGCUCAACAAACUCCCUAUGUCGAAAAUCAUCUAUAGACGAUGCUGCUCGAAAGAACUUUCAAUGGUGCAUUGCGAAUCGUCAGACAGCUCAAUCUAAAGAAAAGAUGUUCUCCAUCGCCGCAGCUCUCCCUCGACCCUGUUACGCUUCUAUAAUGACUGAACCGAGAUCAGAGGAUACACUGACCUUCAGUCAGACUCAGCACACUUCAAUACACACCGCACAACAGCUUACUUUACUCGAACAGGAAAUAUUUCAGGAUUGUCAUCCGGUUCAUUUUCUGAACUCAAGAACACAUGGAGUGACAGAGAAAUCUGGAAACAUUUCCAGGUGUUUGUCUGUAGAGGGCAGCAGUCUUUUUGUUCAGGACGGACCGCUUCAGGACGGAGCCAUUCACAGACUCAUCAGUUACGCAGACAGCGUCUCUAACUGGGUUUCUGCUGAACUGGUUAUCUGUGACUCAGUCAAGGAUCAGACCGCUCUGCUCACUCGAUUUCUUGCCAUUGGCAAGUUUUGCUAUGAAAUAAGAAACUUUGCCACAGCUAUGCAGAUUUUGUCAGGACUGGAGAAUGUGAUUGUGAGACAAUUACCGGGCUGGAAGUCUCUCUCUGGAAAGGUUUGUGGGAUUUUGGAGGAGCUUCGAGCUGUGCAGGUCUUUCUGAAGAGCGAUAAUCUGUGUUUGAUGGAGGGACAGCGAAUGAGCGUACGACCAACACUACCUGCUGCACAAAUCCUUGCCCUGCAUCUUCAACAGCUGGAGAUCGGAGCCUUCACCACCACCAGUGGAUCAUACAAGUGGACCAAACUGAGGAACAUUGCACGUGUGGUCAGUCAAGUCCAUGCGUUUCAAGAGCAUCUGUAUUCCUACCCCCCUGACCUCGAGCUCCAGUCAUACCUGCGGGGACGCAUCGCACGACUUGGCAAAUGUGACGUCCCGCUCCUCGCUUCCGACAACGACGCCAACUUUAACCAGACGGCCAUCGAUCGCCACGGCCGCAGGAUCCACGACACGCUGCGAAGGGUCAAAGCAUCGUUUCAGUGACUGAACAGUGUCCUCCAAAGAGACAGCACAGAUGUGAACUCGCAUCUCCAGAGGUACAGAGGUGAAGAUGCUGUCAGCAUCAAUCUGAACCCUGCUGUGGUGUGAGGGGAGAACUGAGCUCACUGAGGCUGCUGAGGAACGUGCUGAGGGUUGCGGUCAUGGAGGAUGUGGUUGUUUUUCCAUGAAUGCCAAAGGAAGUGAAAACUGUAGGUAAAGGAGUCGUUUAUCUUUCUCUUGUUUAGUUGAAACUCUCUUUAAGAGGAUGUGUGUAUGUCAUCAGCAGUCACUGUGUGAGAUAAACACACUUCUGUAAGCAGCCUCAGUCAAUGUUUGUGUGUAAUAGACUAUUUUCUUGAGAGGAACUAAGCAUUUUUGUGUUUUCUAACAGCUACAUGACCAAAUAAAGCAUUCCGAUUAUAUAGAUUAUAUAUUGAUAAUUGUUCAGAUUUAGGAAUUAUGUUUUACAUAUUUUUGACGUGACCCUGUGAUGAGUCUGUGGCGCUCGAUGCGAAGUUCGUCACAACAUGCAUGUAGCCCAUCAUGUGUGUGGUUCCUUAAUUCAAAAUAUGUGUUCUGCGCGUCAAGAGAUCCUGUGUCUUGUCAAAAUAAGUGCCUGCUGCAGACGCGUCUAAAGGGUUAAUGAUAAAAGAGACGCCUGCGUUUGCCAGAUACUCGCAUAAUCUCAUGCGUAAUCAGAGUUUAGUGUUAAGGGAGUGUCUUGCGUGUAUUUUGUGAACGUGAGCAUCUCUUUUAUCAUAAACAGUUUUGACGCGUUUGUGGCAGGCACUUAUUUUAACAAAACACGUGAUGCACAUGGCAAACAUGACCCAACACACACAUAUAUUUUGAAAACGCAAGCAACACACAUGACACUCAGAACACAUAUUUUGAAUUAGCGCCCCUUGGAUCAGCAGUCACGAGCCGCCACUGCUUAGCAUUCAGAGUAGAGAGAAAUGUAUCAUUUUUUAACAAAUAGAUUAAACUUAAUUUUUUGCACAUUUUCAUCUAAUUGUAGCACAUUGUGAUAUUCUUGCAUUAAGUUCAUUAUGGAUAAAAUAAUUUUAACAAUCUCAGUAUUUUCACUCUUACAGAGCACUUUAAAAUGAAAAGUUACUGUUUUUAAAAAAACAUUUGAUAGAGAAACCAUCUGGACACUGUAAAAAAAAACAAGCAGCAUUUUUGUCAAAUCAACAUAAUUUUUUUAAGUAACAUAAAAAUAUAAGUUAAACAAUUUCAACUUGAUUUUAUAAGUUAUGUCACAAGCCAAAACUUUAAAUAUUAGGUUGAAUUGACUUGCAAAACCAAGUUGUUUUAACUUCAUGCUGCAUUUUUUUACAGUGUGAUUCUUACUAAUGUAGCUACAUUAAUUCAGUCAUUAUAAAUAUUUUCAUACAAAACCUAUUCAACAAGACUUUAUAAGGAGACAUGAUGAAACAUUUCAUAAUACAGUUCUAUUGAAUUUACUUAAUGAUAAUUAAAUAGGUGGACAUGAUAAAUGUCUAAGAGUCAUAUUAGUCAGCUUGUUACAUGCAGCGCUUUAUUCUGAUUCUUUUCAUUCAAAAGUAAGUAAAUGUUGUCUUUUUAAUUCAUACCACGGAUAUUUAUGCUCCUGUUUUAUUUGUAAAGCUUAUAUUACAUAUAAAUGCACUUUAUUGUUCGUAUCACUUCACUUGUUUGUGUGUACUACUACAUUGAUCCUGCAUUGGCUAUCUCUGGAAUUAAUUGUGUUGGGAGAGCAAAAAUAAACAAAACUUUUUACAACGUC